AUGUCAAGGUCAUGGAGAAAUGGGCUCUGUGUUAAACUGGGAGUUCUUAGUGUUGCUAGUUUUGCAAUUUGGUGUGGAGUUGUUUGUUGGAAACGCUGCUUGAAUCGAUUCUGGCAUUUUUGUUGUUGUUGUUGUGGCUGUUUGAAUUAUGGUAGGAGUGUGGGCUGGAAAAGUAAUGGAGUACCAAACUCUCAAAACCAGCAGAGUGCACAGGAACAGAAACAAGCCCAAGAAGAGGCUAGAAAGAACAUGCUUCACUCUCUUAUCGAUAAUGAGGCACGAGCACGAUUAGGAAGAAUUGCUCUUGUCGAUCCUGCAAAAGCUCGCAAUAUUGAAGAUCGUAUUAUCAUAUUGGCCCAACAAGGUCAAGUGGCAACAGUCACUGAUGAGCAAAUCAAGCAGAUUCUGGAAGGAAUGGAUACCUCAACGCACACCACGGUGACGAUCCGUCGCACGAAAGGAUUUGAUGACGACUCCGAUCUCGAUCUCGAAGAAGACUUUUAAAACAAA